CAAUUUUAGAAGUGAAAGAAUUAUUAGGAAGCCUUAUAUUGAUAUAGAUGACGUCGUCCUCAACACUACUCAAAUAUUCUCAGAAGAGCCCGUCCCGUUCAAGAGCUCCGGCCGUCUGAAUGGAGGCUUGUGUUCGUCCCGGACCCACACCUCUCUCUCGGGAAACUUCACACGUGUCUAAAUUACAGGAGGAAACACAAACACUGAGGGAUUGUGUGUGUCUCACAGCUGGAUUCAGGAAUGUUUCCUACGACACACGGUCAUCUCACGUCUGCAGACACACAGAUGCCACGGCCGGCCGCUCGAGACAAAACCAUGAACACAGGAAAGACUGGAGAACCAGCUCGGAUUAAACCAGAGCCGCUCGUCUGCAGAGACCGCAAAGCUCCCGUGAGACGGCUGAACACGUCAACAGGGUAAAAGAAGAAACCCUUCGUGAGCUGAAAGCUGUUUGUUCUCCAGCUACCUGAGGGACUGGCAUGGACGGGGAGCCCAAAAUCAACGAGGAACCUAAAGAGAGUGCCAAAUUAUCAGCUGAAGCCUGGAAACUUUGAGGAGAAACUUUGGGCUCUGUCUGACGGGACAGAAGAGACGGAGACACAGGCAUCAUUGUGAGUCCAGGGAGGAUGAGGACGCUGUGCUCUAGAAGGGUUCUGCAGCGGUGGUUCUUUGCUCUGUUCUUACUGUGUUCACCUGUUCCUCAUCACGGCAGGCCGGUCGAUGCCCUCAGCAGCCGAAUGAGGCGCUCGGUGACUCACGCUCAGCUGAUGCAUGAUAAGAGCCGCUCGCUGCAGGAACACAAGAGGCGCUCCUGGCUUCAGGGGCUUCUGGAUGAAGUCCACACGGCCGAGAUCCGGGACAUCCCGCUGCUCAGAGGAGGCGUGGUCAGCAGCGGAGGGGGCGGCGGCCUCACGGUUGCCAUUCCAAUGGGAGUGGGCGUGUCCAUAGGAACCGGAACCGCCCACCCCAAACCAGCUGGAGGCACCAAGAACCUGUCGAUCAGCUUCCAUCUGGAGGACGAGGAGGGAACCAACCUCCCGCAGGAAACCAACAAGUCCCAAACAUACAAGGAGAGCACGCUGAAGGCCAUCGGCAAGAGGAAGAAGAAGGGCCGAGCGGGGAAGAGGAGGGAGGGAGAGAAGAGGAAGAUGAGGGCUCGAUCGCUCCUGGACCAGCACUAAAACACUGUCAGUCUCUGACAACGAUCCGCGAGGACUUUUGAAGUGAACACCUACAUGUUCACACAAACGUGAGAGGAAAAUAUUUAUUGUCUGUAAAUAUUCCAACGCUCCCGAACAGUGAGGAAGAUAAAUAACGAUACUGUGUUAUUACACACAUUUGGAUCCUUGUGAAUACCUUGCUUUGUGUCUUUUAUAGUUUUUUCUUUUUAUUCUUCUUUUAGGACUAUGCCUCUAUUACGGUGUCAGAAUUCCUGUAAUUUAUUUUGUUUGAAUGGUGUAUUUAUUUUGUAAAUGUAUCAAGGUGCUGCUGACCUUCUAUAUUUUUGUACUAUAUUGCACUUUAGAUGUAUGAAUAUAGAAAUAUAUACAAGUCAUUUGUGGUUGAGUUGAAUGAAGACUAUAGUCACGCUUGUGUUUGCCCACAUUCGGAUUCGAUGUAUGUUCAACAGCUUCGCCGUCCAUGUUUCUGUGAGUCUGAGCCAAAACCUAGUGAGCUGCCUAACUAGACAGCAUCUGAAGGGAGCAUGGUUUCAUUUAUUAUUAACGAUUUGCAUUUAUUUGUUACUGUUACAAACUUAAGACCUGUUUCAUGUAUGUAUGACUGACAAAUAUGUGUCCAAAUUAAUAGUUUAAUAGUUUAUUAAACCUGUAUAAUCAUAAAUGAUUGGAUUUUUUAUUUUAUUUUUUUAUUAAAGAUGACGGAUAUUAGAUAAAAUAUUUGUAUUUUUAUUUUAUUUGUAUUUUUUUUUUUGAUAUCUUGCACUUUCUUUUGCAAUUCUGAGAAGAAAAAAAAAUCUGAAUUCUGAUUUUAUAUCUUGCAAUUCUUACAUUUUUUUUUGAGAAUUGCAAGAAAAAAAAAGAAAUGUGAAAUAUAAAGUCAAAGUUAUCUUUAAAAAAGUUUAUUCCAUGGCAGAAACAAUACAAAACAGAACUUAUAUCUCACAAUUCAGAAAAAAAAAUGUUUUUUUUUUUGUUUUUUUUUACAUUUUAUCCCGUUUAGUAACGAGCUUCCACAGAAUUAAGAGAAAUGUCUAUUUAAAUAUAUUUCAUGCAAUACGUAACCAAUAUUUGUACAUUCGCACAUUUUGAUGCUAUUCAUCAUGUCAGACUCACUAGGUUUUGGCCCCGAGCUUUUGUAUUUGUGUUUAUUUUGGGUUUCUCUGCUGCUGACCUGGAGGAGCGCCACAUCCUCAUCAUCCUCAUCCUCAUCCUCAUAUAUCAGCCUCCAGCGCCUCCCUUCAAAACCACAGAAGCAUCUGUAAACGACCAGCACACCUUAUAGAAGAACUCUUGUUGUUUUGCACUGAGAGAGAGAGAGAGAGAGAUCCUGUACUGAAUGAAUUAAACAUCUGACC